GACGGAGCAGUAACCAUGGAGAUGACACGAGGACAUCUGCCCGAGGAAUGGGAGGAACGCUGGAGGGGAGAGAAGGAGCAAAGAAGAAGAGUGAUUAAGGAGAGAAGAGAGAGGGUAGCGGAUGACGACCCAGAGCUGAGGAGGAUUGUCGCCUACAACGACACCAGGAUGGGUUUGAGACGGAGGGACUGCGAGGAAGGAAGAAAGAUGAAGAAGAAGAAGAACAUCCGCACGUCAAGCCGGGAGGGAAAAGAGGAGGAGGAGGAGCAGUGGAAUGAGAAGGGAGAAAGUUCAGAAGAGGAGGAGAACAUCUCAACUUACAGCCGAGACACAUACGCAACAGAGCUGUUCCAGACCUUGGAGGAGUUCAGGGACUCCUCUCUGCUCACUGACCUGACUCUGAGCACUGAGGAUGGGCUGAGCUUCCAGGUCCACUCCCCUGUCCUGGCUGCUGUCAGCUCCCUGGUCCACCACAGUCUGCAGGACGGGGAUGCAGAGUGGGAGAAGAGGGGAGGAUCUGUUAACAUGAACAGACAGAGACAGGUGUCGAUGGUUCUGAGUCCUGGGGUCGACUGUGUAGGGCUGGCGGGGGUGCUGGAGUUUGCCUACACUGGGGUCAUAGCAGCUUUGAACGCAGGCACUGUGAUCCAGAUACAGACGGCAGCUCAAGUACUGGGAGUUCCCAGAGUUCAGGAACUCUGUAGAGAGGAAGAGGAGAAGAUGAAGAUAGGAGGACAGAAGAAGACAGAGGAGAGGAAGAUCUCAGCUGCAGAACAGAUGGAGAUCAGUCUUCAGGCCAUCAGACAGCUGUGGACACAGAGAGUAGGCUGUGAUGUAGUUCUGGAGGUGGAUGGAAUUCCAUUUAAUGCUCACAGAGUUAUCCUGGCUACCAGUAGUGACUAUUUCAGAGCAAUGUUCACCAGUGGGAUGAAGGAAUCCCAGCAGUACUGUGUGACUCUCCCCUUCCUGGUGGCAUCCGAGCUGGAGAUCCUGAUUGGUUACUCCUACAAUGGGUCCCUCCCUCUCAGCUGGGGGCGUGUCUUUGAGAUCAGCUGCACCGCCCUCCAGUUACAAUUCCAGGCCGCCCUUUUGUUGUGUCUCAACUUCAUGCAACAGGAAAUGGAUGCCCGAUCCUGCCUGGACGUGGCAUCUUUCGCUGAGGCCUACGGGAUGAGUGAGCUCCUCGAGGUGGCUGAUGACUUUGUCCUGAGGAACUUCCUGGACGUGGCGUCCACCGCCAAGUUCCUGGAUCUGCCUGCGGAGAAGCUCCUAGACUUCCUGCGGAGAGACGGACUCUGUGCUCCUUCGGAGCUGUGGGUCUUCCGGGCGGUGGUGUCGUGGGUGCAGGCCGAUCAGGAGGCCAGGCUACCCCAGGCAAGGGAGCUGAUGACCGGGGUGCGAUUCCCCCUCAUGACCUUCCGGGAGUUCAGGGAGGUGCGGGCAGUCAACCUGCGGAUGGAGUGCAGCAGCGGAGGAGGUGGAGGUGAAGGAGGAGGUGGGGAGGAGGAGGUGGAACUCUAUGGGUCAGCCCUGAGGGAGUUCAGUAUCAGUCUGCCUGGGAGCCAGAACCAGUAUCGGGUCCGGAAGCCCAGAGAUUCCCUGGUUCUGGUGGGCGGGGACCAGCUAAACCUGGACACGGGUAGACGUGUUCCCAGUAAAGAGAUGUGGUUCGCCAACUCACUACGCAGCGGCACAGGGCUGGUGAAGGAGGUGGAGUGGAGGGUUCUGGGAGAGAUACCUGAGAAGGCGAGGUUAAGACAUGGGGUGGCGGUGCUGGGGGGGCAGCUGUAUGUGGUCGGGGGGUGUGAAUUCUACGCUAAAGACGACACACUGAAGUCAGCUUAUAGGUAUGACCCACAGCAGGGCAGUUGGCAGAGGCUUGCCGACAUGCAGAAUCAUAGGAGUAACUUCUCAUUGGUGGUUAGAGGAGAGAGUCUCUAUGCCAUUGGAGGAGACAGAGAUAUCAGCACCAACAUGGACACGGUGGAAGUCUACAGCCCUGAGUCAGACGCCUGGAGCUUCUCCAGACAGUUGCACCAGGCUCUGAGUGGCUUCUCAGCUUCAGUGCUGGACGGUGAGAUCUUCAUCUCGGGAGGCUUCGACUGCCACUACCAGUGUCUGUUGUCCAUGUUCCUCUACCACCCAGAGAGAGGAACCACCUGCCUGGCCGACAUGAUCCUGGACAGGGCCCUGCACUGCAUGGAGGUUCUGGGUCGCCACCUCUACGUGGUCGGAGGGGUGUGUAAUUCUCAGAAGUUCUACGCCAGCCAGCUGUCCUGUGAGGUGUACGACCCUGCAAGGGACUUCUGGAGCUCCAUCUCCCCCCUGACCGUCCCUCACGUUGGCCCAGCCUCGGCAGUCCUGGAGGGGAAGCUGUACGUGCUGGGAGGGUACUGCCAGGAGGACUACAGGGAGUCCAAGCUGGUGCACCGCUAUGAUCCCAGCAGCCAGCGCUGGGAGAACAUGGGCAGUAUGCCUGGACCUAACACUGACAUACGAGCCUGUGUUCUCCACCUGCCCCAACACCUAAGACUGUGAGGAUGAUUUUUCUGAAACAUUAUAUAAUCUUCUACAAUGAAUUCAAUUUAUAUCCUGAAUUAAAAGGAUUUUCUUCACUAAAGCUGCAGUACUUUGGACAGAACAACGAAUCUUCUCUAUUUAAUA